AUGCUGAGCAGCACAGAGUCCUUGGAAAAUAUGCUAACUGAGGUUACGAGUCCUCUGACAACACACAUUGAUCUUAAUGCGUUUAAGAAGAUUUACGACAAAAUAAACGCCGAUCCCCGUGGUCCAGAAGUUGCUUUAAGACUUCUGGCUUACAAGAUCCAGUCGCCGCAAGAAAAGGAGGCCUUGAGUGCUCUUGUGAUUCUUGAUCUUUGUGUUCAAAAUUGUGGUCCAAAUUUUCACAAGGAACUUGGAAAGUUCAAGUUUCUUAAUGAGUUAAUGAAGGUUUUGUUGCCAAAGCACCUUGGUGACUCUACUCCUCCCGUGGUGCGUGAUAAGUGCAUAAUGCUGAUGUUCGCAUGGCAACGGGACUUGGGAGACGCUUAUCCGAAACUACGCGAAGCCUAUCAGGCACUAAAAGCACAAAAUAUUGUCACCAAGGAUCCCGUUGUUCCAAACGAGGCUGAAUGUGAUCAAAAGCUGGAUCGGUUGCUUAAGAGCAAGAACCCAGAGGAUCUUCGUGAGGCUAAUGCUAUAAUCAAGAGUAUCGUUAACGAGGACGACGCUCGAACCGCUAAGCGAUCUAGACGUGCGCUACAGUUGGAGACCCUUCGCAACAACGCCAACCUGCUAGAGGAGAUGCUUCGGUGCUUUGGAUUCAAUGGAGGAUCUUCUGCUUCUGAUCUUGAUGUCAUGGAGGCAAUUUUUCACCUUUUCUCAACUCUUUUUGAGCAGAAAAUAAUUAGCACGUUUGAGAAAGAAAGGGAAAUCGCUCUCAAUAUCAAACAGGCGCGUCCGGUCAUCUUUGAGCUGGCUUUAAGCGACGACGACAGGGAGGAAGGAUUCUUGACUGACGUUAUUGAGACCUGCAGUCGAGCCUCUAGCGUGCUGGAGCGCUACGAAGUCGUGGUUUUGCACAAACCUCCCUCCACCGUGGAUGAUCCGGUUGCUCAAAGCAAGUCCUUACCACACUCUUCAGCAGCGCCUGAAAGCUCCUCUCCGAUGUCCGAAAAUUUACUGUUGCUUUCCACUGACACUCAUCAAGAUUUGUUGAGUGAAGACCUUUUGAAGCUUGGGAUUCACCAUACCCCGUCUCAUUUGCCGACACCACAGGCCCAGUCUUCAUCGGAUAUGAGCCUUCUUGCCGAUCUUCUUUGUGAUGCACCCAAAAUUACGGCAGACCCUCUAAAACCCAGUCCAUUCAGCAUGUCAGAUACAACGGCAUCAUCGCCACUACCAAAGUCACAACUGCCAUCAACUACAAUGCAUUCUACCGACCCAGUACUUCCAAAGUUGCUUCCUAACAUUACUACGACCUCUUCGAAGUCCAUGCCGACAGCCUCAGUAGCCACCGCAUUCAGCGAGUUGGAUAGUGUGGGACGACAGAUGCUGGGUAUAGUCGCUGUCCAGCCAGCCGUUGAUUCAGUGACGGUCAAGGCAUCGAGGUCUUCUAAGGAGCUUCAGCCAUUGACUAUGGAGACAAAGAUUACAGAUCUUCCAUCACUCUCUUCCCUUCCAUCACUAACCUUCUCUGCCAUUCGCCCACAUUUUCAGCACACUCAACCCAUCCAAGUUUUUCCGCUCAAUAACGAUGACAAAGUGGAAGAGGGAGCCUUGAAACGGCAGCACGAGACGGUGGAAGUCGUGCUUCACUGUACUGCCAAUAAGCCUCAUCCCUCUGUAUCGGUGUUCGUAGUAGUGGUUACAAACCGCAGUCCUUUACCGCUCACAAAUCUUCUCCUUCGGUUUGGAGUUGAAAAGCCUCUAAAGAUUCGCCAGCUUCCCCUCGCCACAUCCAGUUUGCCCGCCUUCUGCUCCUUCCUUCCACCAACCCCGGCGCAGCAGAUAAUUUACGUUCAACAACCACUAACCCUUGGAGCGACGUCUGCCAAGUUGAAAUUCCAACUAUCUUUUACGUUGGAAGAAGAAGAUAGUCUCGAGGCGGGUGUCGUGGUGGUACCUUUGGAUUAG